GUCUUGAUGUGGACGGGCCAGCGCUGAACAGCGAUACACAGAUUUUGUACUGCAGAUGCCGGCUUGGAGUUGCCGGAGUAUCGCGAGAGCUGCGGCCGAGACGCCACAAGGAAGGGUGAGCUCCGCUUUAAUCUUUCAUCACCCGUGUUUCUGUUUCAUACAAUUUUCUAACUCCGUGGGUGUGAUAUGGGAAGCGUUUGAGACCCCGAUGUGCCUUGGAUGAUAGCAGCGUACGGAGGAUCAUACUGAAGUGUGUACGUACGGACAUGUGAGCAUAUUUAUUUAUAUGUGUAUAUAACUCACAGCAAGGCUUAUUAUGGCUACUAGUGCAUUAUUGAGUGAGGCAGUGGGAGUGGACUUAACAACGAAUGAAGGGAUUGGGAAUCUACAGCAAACUAACAUCAGGAGAUUACAAAAAGCACGCACAGUCUUUGAAGUGGCUGAAGGUGUUACGAGUAAUAUCCCUGCAACGGCUGAAACUGAACAGCCGGAUACAAAUAUGCAUACUAUGUUAAAGAAGUUUCAAAAACUAUCGAUAAAAGAAUUGAAGCUUUGGUGGGAAAUUUCCACACUACAAAAUUAUUUGAAAGUGGGUAGAGUACCACGUGGCCUACGGAUUAAAAAAUUUCCAGCAUUUGAAAUACAAGAUAAGGGCCUAAUGGAUGAUUGGUAUGGGGUGUUAACUGACUGCUCCUUGAAAUUGAUGAAAAUACUUAUAGAUAAAUACCAGCAGGAACAGGAGAGACUGGGACAAGAAAUCACUCAGAUAGAAACUAUUAUGAAUGUUUAUAAGGGCAAUUCAGAUUUCGAAAAAUUUAUUAAGAAAAUGAAAAUAGAUAUUGAUACCCUGGAGAACAAGAUUAUGGAAAUGAAACAGAGAAAAUUUCUAAGGGAUAAAUCAGAUUAUGACCAAAAUAGAGUAUUCUCCUGGGGAAUGAGACUGAAUCCACAACGGGGGAGAUGGGAGCGUAUGAAACCAACUUUAAAAACAGAGAGAUAUCGAGGUCAAGGGAACAGAAUUAAUGCUGAUAUAUCCUGUGCAGGGUCUGAAGUUUCUUCCCCUAGUGUCUCUUUUUUAGUGACAUCGGGCAGCGAUUUGGAUGCGAGCCAAGAAGAGGAGGACGACGAAUCAAUCAAUCUGAUCAAGAGAAAAAGAACAGAAAACGGAAAAGGGGCAAGAGAGGAGGAAAUAAUAAACAUCAAAAGAACAACAGGACCCAAGAAAGGGAAAAGCAAGAUGGUGGCGAAGAAGAGAUAAUACGUGAUGAUGUGGACUUUGAAGAUCUGGCAAUUGAAACUGUCAGUCUGGGGAAAAGAAAAGGAGAUAUUGAUAAACUGUUGUCCAAAAAGGAAAUCAAGUGGAUACUUUUAUUAGAAACAGUAUCACCUGAAGGAUUGAAUAGAGAGUGUGAUGUUAAGUCCUAUAUAGAAUAAAAGGGAUAGAAAGAGGAUGUAAUCAAAAACAUUUAUGUGAGUGUUAACAAUUACAAUCCCGUGCGAUAGUGCUGUAGAUUUCUGAACUCCAUGGAGGAUAAGGGUGAAAUUACAAUUCCCCUGUGUCCCUUCUUACAUAUAAAAUAUAAUAUAUAAUAAAAUAAUAAAAAACAAUAAGAUAAAUAAAUAAAUAAAGUUGUUAAGUAACAUUUGGAAUUUAUAUAUAUCUCAUGUGUGUCAGAAAUGAAUAAUGUAUGUGGUUAUAUAUGCAUGAUACAGCUAUAUUAACUUAAUUUAAUUUAAG